AAGGAAAAAAAUUCUCUGGAUACGGCCUCCAAAAAGCCUACCGUGGAGCCCCUCACACACCGGCAACGCGCAGGCCCACCUAGCAGGAAAAAAAGAUUUUUCUCCUUGCAGCUCGUUCCGUCGUUCGGCUCGAAGGUCGGCUUGUGACCGAUGGACUUCCAGAUAUACUCAUCGCGUCGCUGAAUACAGAAGGCAUCGCCGCCUUUCCCUAGUGCUGAUCAGAUCAGUGAUCUACACAGCCAUCUUUGGCGGUACAAUCUACACAGCCAUCUUUGGCGGUACAAUCUACACAGCCAUCUUUGCCGUCGCCGAUCGUUCGACAAUCUUCCUCCUCCUUCUGUCCUUGCUGCUUCCUCUCUUCGCGACAAUGGAGGAAACAGGGAAUAUAAACUCCAUAGCAACCGACGGGCAGCAAAUUGCACAGAUGACACAGAACGAGUCCAUCACCAUUGGACCAGUGAUUCCGCACACAUCAUCCUUAUCUGACGGCGCAAACGCCGAAGGCGAUGCCAACAUGGUUGUUGAUAAAGAUGGACCAGUUGUGAUCGUUCCUAAAGUUGGGAUGUCUUUUGCUUCGGAGAAUGAUGCUUAUGAGAUGUACAACACCUAUGCUGGCAUUGUCGGGUUCAGCAUUAGAAAGAGCGUUAUAAAGCGUCGUGCAGAUAAAACUAUAUACAACAGAGUUAUAGUUUGUAGCAGCCAAGGACAUGCAAAAAUGGGAUCGUCAAAUGCCACUACAAGGACAGGUUGCAAAGCUCUGGUAAAGUUUAAUGUCAGCAGAGAGGGAAUUUGGACAUUGCAAAAGGUUGAACUUGAUCACAAUCAUAUUUUAGCGACACCAAAAAAGAAGCACAUGCUGAGGUCACAACGACAUGUUAUAGAUGCAGACAGACAUCUGAUUGCUCAGAUACGAGAAGCCGGAAUGAAGCCGACUCAAGUGUAUGAGUUCAUGAAGCAGUUUUACGGCGGGGCUGACAAAGUUCCCUUCUUGCGAAUGGAUUGCAAUAAUGAGAUUGGACGCGAGCGGAAGAAGUACCUAGAAUCCAAUGAUGCACAAACGUUGUUGGAAUACUUGAAGAACAAGCAGAUAGAGGAUCCUGCAUUUUUUUUAUGCCAUGGAAAUUGAUAGGCAAGAUGGAAGGAUAGCUAAUUUUUUUGGGCUGAUAGUCAGUCUAUCAUGGAUUAUGCAUGCUUCGGUGAUGCAAUACCGUUUGACACCACAUUUCAGACAAAUAAGUUUGAAAUGCCUUUUGCUCCACUCCUUGGAACCAACCAUCACAAGCAAACAAUAAUUUUUGGGGCAGCAUUGUUGUUUAAUGAAACCAUUGAAUCAUUUGUUUGGCUGUUUCAAACUUUUUUAAAAGCAAUGUCAGGCAAGCAUCCAAGCACAAUUUUCACUGACCAAGAUGCAGCCAUGGCAGGAGCAAUUGCUUAUGUAUUCCCAAAUACAUGUCAUCGCCUUUGUUUGUGGCACAUCUACCUUAAUGCUGCUAAACAUCUUGGUCAUGUAAUUCAUAAGUAUCCUGAGUUUUUAUAUGCUUUUAAAAGAUGUGUUUAUGAAGAUAGAUCAGAGGAGUAUUUCACAAAGAAGUGGAAUGAAUUGUUGACUAAAUAUGGUCUAGAAGAGAACUCAUGGAUGGAUCAGCUAUAUGGUUUGAGAAGAAAGUGGGCAGCUGUUUAUCGUAACUCUUUUACAGCUGAUAUGACUACAACCCAAAGGAGUGAAGGUAUGAAUAAUGCCUUUAAGAAAAGAUUUCGUAGGAAACUUGGUCUUUCUGAACUCCUUGUAGAGUGUGACAAGGUUUCUGCUUCCCUACGUGAGAAUGAGUUGGAUGAAGAUUUUAAAUCACUUUCAAAGGUGCCAGUUAUUUAUGUCCCAGAAUUACCAUUGUUGAAGUCCGCCUUAGAAUCAUAUACUAGGAGGAUGUAUACAGAGUUCGAAACAGAAUUUAAAAAACAGUUCGAGUAUUCUUGUAAACUGUUACAGAAUGAGGGGUCAAUAUCAACAUUUACGGUUACACAUAUGCAUUCAGAUUAUGGAGCAACAACUAUAUUGAACAUUGCAUAUAUGACCAUUACAUGCUCUUGCAGAAAGUUUGAAUCCAUAGGUAUAUUGUGCAAGCAUGCAUUCAAAGUAUUCAAUAUGAAUGAUGUUUUUAUUUUACCAUCUCAAUAUAUACUUAACAGAUGGACAAAAUAUGCAAAAAGAGGGCAUUAUGUUCAGAAAAAAGGAAGGCCAAAUGAAAAUUUGAAGGCACGUGCUGCUCGUAUCUCUCGAAUAGCAACAUCCCUUGCAUUGAAGUGUGCAACAUCAGAACCACUUCUAGAUGACGAUUUGGAGAGGGCAUUGGAAAAUUUGGAAUCGAUGGCUGAUGAUUCACUAAACAAGAUGCGAAAAAAUGAAGAUUCUUUCGUUGGUUUGAAUGACCAUGAUAUAUGUACAGAGAAUAGUGUGAUAUCAUUUAGAGUUCCUCAUGUAGUAAAAGGACCGAAAAGUAAACGAGCAAAAAAUGUUGUUGAAAAGAAUACAAGGAAGAAAAAGAAAAGUCAUCAAGAAAAAGGUAUUGAUUUAUUGUUGCAAUGAUUGAAUUUUUUAUUAGCAUCAUGUCUUUUAAUAGCUGCUAUUUCAGAUGCUGUUGGAGAAGAAACAAGGAACAUUGGGGACAAUAGUGGUGGCAAUGUGGCAUUACCAAACAUUUCUACCAAUAAUGCGAUCAACUUUCCAAUCAUUGUGCAAGGAGAAUAUACAAGUCUUUUGCUUGGUCUUGAUCAAGAUGCUUCAGCUGCUCGAAAAUUACAAUUUGACACCGGAGCAAAUGAUACAACCAUGUAGUAGCAUUUUUCUUUUACUCAAAUAAAUUCAAUACAUUGUGUAUCGUACAAUAUACAAUUGGUUGCAUACUGCUGCGCCAAAUUUUAUAUGUUGCUGAACCUGCACAUCAAGGGAUUUCUGUAUGUGCCAAAUUAUGUAUGUCUGAGUCUCCUGGUUCAUGUCUUCUAUUUUUAGCGACGGGGCAAGUAAAUUUGGAAGUCUAUCGGCUUAGCCGAUGAUUUGUUUGAUAUUUGAGACGGAGCAGCUAGCCAAACGCCGGGACGAGCCGCAAGAAGAAAAGUCUUCCGAUUCCUGCUAGGUGGGCGUGCGCGUUGCCGGGCUCCACGGUUGGUUGUUUGGAGGCGG